GCGGAAAUAAGCGUCGCUAUCCGUAUGCUAGUAGCUACAUUUAGGCUUCGAGGACGGGGUGGAAGCGACGGCAGACACAUCGUUUGUUGCUUCUGAAGAGGAAACGGGGAGUGGACAGUGGCACGAUAGGGGUUUGUUUGUUACAUAGACAGUGUCGACACGGAAUAUCUCGAGUGGCACCUUACUGUGACCUUUAUGUGAGGUCUCAGCCUUAAAGGAGCGGGUCAUAGACGGGAGGAGAGACUCAGAGACGAGCAUCUAGCUACAGAAGCCUGGAUACGUGUUUUUGUUUUGUAUUCACCCCCUGAUACACACAACUACAGUCAAGAAGUUGCUGAACACACAACAGGGACCAUGGAGGCCAUCGCCAAGUAUGAUUUCAAAGCGACUGCGGAUGAUGAGCUUAGUUUCAAGCGUGGAGAAAUACUCAAGGUAUUAAAUGAAGAGUGUGAUCAGAACUGGUACAAGGCAGAGCUCAAUGGAAAAGAUGGCUUCAUCCCCAAGAACUACAUAGAGAUGAAAGCUCAUCCGUGGUUCUUCGGGAAGAUUCCUCGGGCCAAAGCAGAGGAGAUGCUGAACAAACAGAGGCACGACGGGGCCUUCCUCAUCAGAGAGAGUGAGAGUGCACCAGGGGACUUCUCCCUGUCUGUGAAGUUUGGAAACGACGUCCAGCACUUCAAGGUUCUUCGUGAUGGAGCUGGAAAGUAUUUCCUGUGGGUGGUGAAGUUUAACUCCCUCAACGAGCUGGUGGACUACCAUCGCUCCACCUCCGUCUCCCGCAAUCAGCAGAUCUUUCUGCGAGACAUAGAGCAGGUCCCCCAGCAUCCCACAUACGUGCAGGCGCUCUUCGACUUCGACCCCCAGGAGGAAGGAGAGCUGGGUUUCCGACGCGGCGACUUCAUCCAGGUUCUAGACAAUUCCGACCCCAACUGGUGGAAAGGAGGCUGCCACGGCCAGACGGGCAUGUUCCCCCGCAACUACGUCACGCCAGUCAAUCGGAACAUGUAAACAGUCAGACCCUGUCAACAGCCGCCAUCACCAUCGUCAUCAUCACCGCUCGUGGUCUCAUCACCCUCCAUCCAACCCCAACCACCCUCCACCCCUUGGCCAUCCCACCAUCACAGGAGCAGACGGGAAGAACAACUGGGAGUGAAAGCAGGAGUAGUGCUGGCGUAGGUGCCGCUGUGUGGGCGGCAGCUGAGCAAAAUCGACUUUUACCUGCGCUGAGGACGCUCACCUGCGUGGUGGGCGCCUGGCUGACGACCGGACUGUCCCUGAGGGAAAUGGAAAGCGUAGCGCGACGCGUGAACCUGGCGCUCCCACAGCCGCUUCUGUCGUCCCACCCCCCCACUUCUUCUUAACAUUCUGCCUUUCUUUGUGUUUCUUCUUUCUUCCUUUGCCGCAUGUUGUUCUAAUCACCUAAAUGAAAUCCUAACUCUGUUUUAAAGAAAAGUUAAAAAGGAAAUAAAAAAGUGGUUUUAAAAAUGUGAGAAAAGAGAGAAACACCUGCUGCCAUCUCCUUAGAGCAGGUUUCCAGCUUGAUCAUUGGCAUGUGAGCGUUGUGCGUCAGCCGCUGGCUUUAUAAAUAAAUCGACUAUAGAGAGAAUCCAUUUUUUAAGAAUAUAUAUUAUAUAUUUGUAUGUUUGUUUUACCUCUCAUCACAAAUUGUAUUUUUUUCCAUUUGUAAAUUAUGUUAAGUCUUUCGUUAGUCUGGAUAAGACCUAGUAAAUCUAGAAUGUGCUGAACUGUCAAAGUGUUUCUUUAUUUUCCAUAGUUUCCCUGCAUGAAACGGCCUGACAUGUAACUGCUGGUGAGUUGGUUGGAAAAGGUUUCUCCUGUCCAAAAUGCAGGGAAAGUCGCAGUAGCCUGAGAAGAAGCUCGUCCUGUCAGGAAGCUAACACUGGCCAGCAAGUAGAGCCGCGAGCGCGCAGAGCUCGGCCGGCGUGGUCCUGGGGCCGUGAACAGAGCUGACCACGUCCACAGGCGUUAACACAAGGGCUGCCGUAGAGAGCGGUGUGUGAGGAUGUGGACAUGCAUGUUCAGGCACAUUCAUGAUACGCAUGCACGCACUCCCCUCCUUGUUAUACCUGCACGUAGCAACGAGGCCGAGUGGGGAUGAUCCUGGCGCGUGUCAGCACCUGCACCGCGUCUUCACGCUCCGAGCUCUGCUUCAGCCAUGUCAAACGUUCAGCGCGUGGUCAAGCACUUUUUUGUCAGACAUGUUAAUUUGUGGUCUGGUCGUGUGUGUGUGUGUGUGUGUGUGUGUGUGUGCGUGCGCGUGUGUUCACUGUGAUUUUGUUGGUUUUUCUCUCUGGAUAGUGCCUUUCUCUCUGGUCUCAGCGUCUCCGACCUGCUACUUUGAGCCCCUCCCUUUACGGGGCCCUGCCAGUCCUGCAGUGAGAAACGAUGUACAUAAUCCAACCUGCACCCCCCAAAGGUCACCCCGCCUUCACCUUUGUCCUCACCAACAUGGAACUCUUCUUAUUUAAGUGUCUCUCACAUUUUUACCUAAUGAAACUUUUGUUUUGCCUCUUUUUUUAUUUGCAUUUG